UCUUCCUAGAAGCGGGAUCGCGCAUGUCCCCUCUGGCUUGCCGUCUUCUCAGCCAUGGCGGCCGCCUUCUUCCCGGCGUGGCUGUCUCUGCAGCCAGGGGCCAGGACCUUGCGUGCCUUUUCCACCGCCGUGCCUCCGACAAGUCUUGCCCGGACACCAAGCCCACGUACAACAGGAAGAAUGUCCAAAUCUGAAAGGCCACCAAGAAGAAAGGCACUACCUCCCAGGACGGAGAAAAUGGCUGUGGACCAGGACUGGCCUAGUGUUUACCCUGUUGCAGCGCCCUUUAAACCCUCUGUCGUGCCUCUGCCUGUUCGAAUGGGCUAUCCAGUAAAAAUGGGCGUGCCCAUGGCAAAGGAGGGAAAUCUGGAGCUUCUAAAGAUCCCCAAUUUUCUGCAUUUGACUCCUGUAGCAAUUAAAAAACACUGUGAAGCGCUUAAAGAUUUCUGCACUGAGUGGCCUGCUGCCCUAGACAGUGAUGAAAAGUGUGAGAAGCAUUUUCCCGUGGAAAUUGACACAGCUGAUUAUGUUUCGUCAGGACCAUCCGUUCGGAACCCCAGAGCGCGAGCAGUGACCCUGAGGGUUAAACUUUCCAGUUUGAAUUUAGAUGAUCAUGCAAAGAAGAAACUUAUUAAACUUGUAGGAGAGCGGUACUGCAAGACCACAGAUGUGCUUACCAUCAAAACAGAUAGGUGCCCUUUAAAGAGACAGAAUUAUGAUUAUGCAAUGUAUCUGCUAACAGUUUUAUACCACGAGUCUUGGAAAACUGAGGAAUGGGAGAAACAUAAGACGGAAGCAGACAUGGAAGAGUAUGUAUGGACAAACAGCUCAUCAGAAAAAAACAUCCUGGAAACACUUCUCCAAAUUAAGGCCGCAGAGAAAAAGCUGGAAGUAAAUAAAGAAGAGCUUCUUGGUACUAAAGAGGUUGAAGAUUAUAAAAAGUCUGUUGUUAGUCUUAAGAACGAGGGGGACAAUGAAAAUACCCUUGCUCAGUACAAGGAAUCAGUGAAGAGACUAUUAAAUCUGACGUGAAUUGUGUACAAAAAUAUGCUUGAUUUAUUAAUUUUUUCAUCUAUAUGUAAUUGUUAUCUAGUGUGAUAAAAAAUUAAAAAUGUUUAUAGAAUGUUUAGUUUUAUUUCAGAGUCAAAAUUUUUCCUUUUAUACUAAUACACAAUGGUGAUGAUUAUUCACAAAUUUUCUUUAGAUUCCGGGGCAGUUAGACUAAUUAGAUCUCCGUGAUUGCUUCUGGUUUUAAAGGGUUUGAUUUUAUUUCUACCAGAACAACUUCAGAACUUAUAUAUGUACAUAGUUACACACAUAUAUAACUAUAUAAGAUAGUUAUUUCGUUUCCCUGCACAUGAGCACUGACUGGAUGCUUCUGGGUUGUGGUUUGGUGGUUUGGGGAGGCAGGCCCAGAACUCAGUUCCCCACUGCAGUGUGGUGCUUUGUUUACCGAGGUGCCAGCUUCUCCAUGCAUUUUGCAGAUGCGAAUUCUGAUUGGAAACAGGUCAUUGGAAGUAGAAAGUUGGUUCCACUCCUCUAUUUUGGGGUCACUUUAUGUUGAUUCCAUUCUGUUUUGCACCUUACUUUCUCUAUUUUCUUGGGCUUGUUUUCCCAAGCCCAAGUUUGCAGAACGUGGAAAUGGAGAUCAACCGGUAUUUAUCUCUUGAAUCCCCCAUUAGAGCUUCCGCAACUGAAGAAAGAGAUGAGGUGUAAAUAUAGACCUUGAGUUUUAAUACAGUAAAUGACAAAAUGAGAACUGCCCUAAGAAAUGUCCCCUUCCAUUUAGCUGUCAAUGCAGUAUAUUUAAGUAUAUCUGUAAGUCAUUUCUUACUACUUCCAAAGUUGUCCACACGUGAUUAAUUUAAAAACAAAAUAAAGGAAUUAUUGAGUUUA